UAACGGACCGCUGCGAGCGGCGCUAACUGCCAACUACAGCUAGGUGUCCACUCCGAUGCGUUUUCCCGUUGGAUUUCGUGCCAGAACAUUAAAUCCUUGCCUUCCGAGAGACGGCAGAGGAUUGCUGUCAGGAGAGUUUGACAGUUGACAAAACGAAAAGGCUAGAAACACGUUAUCAGUGCGGUAGAGGUAAUCUUCCCGCAGUGACUCCGGUUUACUCGUUUCUACUAUUUACAUGGAUGAACUGUCUGUGUACCCUGUUACGAAAUGACGGAAUAUCACUAUCAGCGUUUGAAGACACCAUCAGAAUAAGGUGCGUAUUAAUCGGAAAUCCAUUACCGCUCCAUUUGGUAUUAAUCUAUGCUUACCAGCUAGACAAGUGAAAACGUGGCAGUAGUACUAAGAAGUAUGGUUUUUUCGCAUGGUGACCUGGGGGUAACCGAACAACGGAGCAACCAAUUCCUCAAGAGGGUCGCGCUGCCGCUAACAAAAUGGUUUCGCUGAGAGAACCCGUUCGUCUACGUCCAAACUUGUAAGGACGUGAUGUCUGCUACUGUUCGGAUGAGUUCCGAUUGUGAUCCGUCACGCUAAACAGGCACGGCAAAAUGUUUCGCGUAGGCCUCCCGGCCGACAUCGAUAGCCGAAGUUCUACUGCGGUGAUGCGAUGGCUUCUAUUCUACAUUGUGGGGAUAUCCACACUAACCAAUACAAAUGUACAGAGCACAAAGAUGUGCCCUCUACGUUGCCUGUGCCGCGACACCGAACUGGUAGUAAACUGUCCAAAUGCACAGCUCGACAUGGUGCCAUACACUCUACAUCCUGGCCUUCGCAGUUUAUCACUGCAUGGCAACCAAAUCAAACAAGUUAGCGGAUCUUCGUUUACAGCGUAUUCAACACUACGUAGCCUCGAUCUGUCAGAGAAUCAGCUGGUCGAUUUAGGACGACGGGCAUUUGCAUCGGUACCUGAUCUCGAGAUUCUGGACCUCAGUCGAAAUAUGAUCGCCACCUUGAGUAAUGCCACACUCGAAGGCUUGUCGCAACUAAGUCAUCUCGAUUUGGCCUUCAACUAUAUCGAAUAUCUGCCGGCUGGAACAUUUCAAGAGCUGUCACAGUUGCAACGGCUCGACCUGUCUCAUAAUCGCAUCAGACAAUUUCAAGAUACUGAUAGCUUUCAUGGAGCUAAAAAGCUUCGCUUGCUCAGUUUACGAGAUAAUAAAUUUAGUUCCAUUCCGACAAAAGCGCUUCGACAUCUCACCGAGCUGGGUGUGCUAGAUUUAGGAAUGAAUGAUUUAACGGACUUGCCUGCAGAAGCGUUUCUUCCACUGCGAACGCUAGAGGAACUACGACUUGACGGAUGCAAGCUGCGGACAGUGCAACCCGGUGCCUUUAGGGCGUUGGGUAGCCUCCGGGUCCUACACUUGCAGGACAACCAGCUUGACGAUACACCAUCGGUCAGCUUUUCGGACAUACCGCGACUCGAAGAAAUUCACAUUGGGCAGAAUCCGAUUCCACAACUUCGUGACCGCGCCUUUCAGCACUUGCGUCAAUUACGAACGCUCAGCCUUAGUGGAGCUACGGAGUUGCGACGCUUGGAGCCAAACGCUCUGAUAGACAACCAGCAGUUAGAGCAGCUCGUGCUUUCGCAGAACGUCCGACUUGCUCAGCUUGACCCUGCUACAUUCCGGCCUCUGUCAACGCUUCGACGGGUCAACCUGCGUGCUAAUGGACUGACAUCAUUACCUGCGGACCUGUUGCCGUUGGCUUGGGAACAUCUCGAGGAGCUUGACAUCCGAGACAAUCCACUUAUCUGUAACUGCUCGCUGCGUUGGCUUCUGGUGAAGCGUCGACAGCAACAGCAUCUACUGUUAAUACACCCACAGGGCAGGAAAAUUCUAAGCUCGACAUCAAUUGCUAACGGUUCAGCCUUGUUCGAGUCGUCAGCAGCGGGUCAUUCGCCAUUCACCAACGACACGACAAGGAUCAAGUGCGUAGCACCCUCGCAUCUUGCAGGCGCAUACAUCGAUGAGGUGGAUAGUGAAGAUGCGCUCGACUGCAAUGGCUGGUCUCGCUUUGUCCGAAUCGCCCUGUUGGUUAGUGCAGGCGGCCUCCUACUCCUACUAACGGGCGUACUGCUGGCAGCCUGUUGCGUCAAGUACCGGAACAAGAUAAUGGUAAUUCCGUAUGGAAGUAGAAAGCUCUCACCGAACAGCGGUUCCGUGAGUAACAAGCAAAUUGGAGGCUCCGAGUGGCUUCCGACAUCAUUAAACGAAAAAGUCAGCUAUGUGUUUUCCCAGACAAGGCUACCAUCUUCGGAACAACACAACAACACAACUGAGCAUUCAGGAGCAAACGGGGUUUACGUCUGCCAACUGUCCUCUAGCCACAUGCAUCAAGCGGCGGCAGCAGCAGCUACAGCACCAACGUCACGAAAUUUACAGUCGCUUCAAGGUCCUGAUCUUCUUGAAUUAUGUCGAACACCGGACCCGGUUCGAGAUGAUUUUACUAGUGCAUCCCGCCAGCCGGCAAGGGUGAUCCUUAAUUCUAGUGGCACGACCCUUCGUGAGGUAAAACUGGCAAAUAGCAGGCCAACUUCUAGACUGUCAUCAUCAGGACAGGAGGAUAACAACAUACAAAUUCCGUUUUGUUAUUACUUCGAGUAGUUGUAAGUCGACACUCACCUGUAGCCCCAUAUAAAUGUAUGCGCCUGUUUGAACAAGUCAUUUGAUCAAGUAUGAGAAACUCUUCUUUUAUGUGCGAUAGAGCAAGCCUAUUAAACUCCAUUAUUACUGCUCUUCAAUUCAUAUUGCAGAGUCAACACUAAAUUGCUCCUUAACGCUCACUGUUCUUCCACUUCACACUACCUAUACGUCAGCCAGAUAUUAUUUGUCUUACGACAAAGUGAUCGGCUCUUUUUUAGCUUCUUUUGUUUUAUAAAGUUGUUAAUGUAAUAUAAAAGUAUGCACGUGGAUUCGGGCCUGUGUAUCAGCAGCCGUUCUAGUCCAGCUAGUCAUCUACGUAUUUGUGUUCCACGCACACAGCCGACAUUCGUAUACUUGUCGGGUCUCGCCAACCGGACGGUUUGCCAUGAUCGAUGCAACAGACAGAGGAGAGGACUCUAUGAGAAUGAGCAGUACAGCUGCAAUGUCCAGAAGUAGUCAAGGAAGUUUGACGAAAAUCAAAUAAACCAGGUUCGUGGGUUCCGCCCACAGAGAGACCCCUCCACAGACGUAGAUAGAUAGAGAUGACACGCCGCCAUCGUCUCCUUCGUCGUUUUGAAAUAACACAGAAACCGAUCAUGGCUGGGGCCGAGUGGACAGAAUAUACAGAGAUGCAUCCAAAAACCUGGAGCGCCUCUUGGUAAGCAAUCACAGGAACAGCGGCUUAAGAACCGUAAACACAGGCGAUGUGUGGUUUGCCAAAGACGACGAUGGGUUCGCUAGCAAUCGAGGCAUCGCGUCACUUGUUCCCGGGUAGUGUAAUACUUUUAUAGUGUCACCUAUUUAUCGGUAAAUUAACGCUUGAAAUGUUUCGAUAUAGCCAGGCGUGCUAUAACUCUAAAUUCUUUCAUAAAAAAUAACCAGCAAAAAACAACAGUCGGUAUUCAAUGGUUAAGUGUUUGAGGACUGAUUGAAUGUGUGUCUGGGGAUUCUUUGUAUAUAGUAAUGUAUGACAAAUAAAGAAAGAAUACUCUGUAAUUUUAGCUGAUGCGUGUAUAACAUAUAAGAAUGAGAACAACAGAAAUCAAACGUAUUUUUUCUACAAAUGAACAAAAUAAAAUGA